AUGGCCAGCUCCUCGUUCGGGGGCAAUGUCCCCCAGUACGCCCAGGCGUCGCUCCCCAGUCUGCCGCAGCACCUGCAGUCCGAUACACACCUCACGGCACACCUCGCGAGCCGCUUCCACGCGCACCUGCCGACAGCCGCGCUCUCUUCGCAUGCAGUCAUCUCUCUCAACACAUAUACAGACGCUAGUCGCGGACCCGAUGGCGGCAAGGAUGGAAGCGCGCAUCAGGCCGCCGAAGACUUGGCCCAGAGGGCGUACAUGCGUCUCGGUCUUCGCUCAGAGGACCAAGCAAUCGUCUUUCUGGGCGAGUCUGGAGCCGGAAAAACCACGAUUCGCGGCCACCUUCUGAGGGCCCUUCUCUCCUACUCGGCGACGCCCUUGUCGAAGAAGAUCGAACUUGCUCACUUCGUUUUCGAUGCCUUCACCACUACCAAGUCCAUUACCACACCAGUCGCUUCCAAGGCAGGCCUGCUCCUCGAGCUGCAGUAUAAUACCUCCACAUCACAUCAUGCCACGCUGUUGGGUGCACAGUUCCUGGCCCACCGCCUGGAACGCAGUCGAAUUGCGUCCGUCCCGACAGCCGAACGGAACUACCACAUUCUGUACUACCUGCUGUGCGGGACGAGCGCCGCUGAGAAGAAGCAUCUGGGAUUGGAUGCUAUCGGGAAUGACCCUGCCGGUACGCGAGCAUCGUUGACUUCGAACCGACGAUGGCGCUAUCUCGGACACCCCGCCCAGCUCAAGGUCGGCAUUGAUGACGCCAGAGGCUUCCAGGACUUCAAGACCGCGCUUCGCAAGCUUGAGUUCUCGAAGCAAGACAUUGCAGGUAUCUGCGAAGUCAUGGCCACCAUACUCCAUAUCGGCCAGUUGGAGUUCGAAACCGGCCAGUCUACCACGCCCUCCGCCGAUGAAAGCGGUGGGUACUCGCAUGAAGGCGGCGAGUCUGUUACCAUGGUGAAGAACAAGGAGUGCCUGCAGCCUAUUGCCGCUUUCUUAGGCGUCAGCAUUCAAGAUCUCGAGCAGAGUCUCCGAUACAAGACGAAGACGCUUUACCGCGAGCGGGUAACAGUCAUGCUGGACCCCAAAGGUGCGCGCGCCAACGCCGACGAACUUGCGCGAACGCUCUACUCCCUAUUAGUCGCCUACGUCAUGGAACAGAUCAAUUCGAGGAUUUGUGUCCUACCCGAUCAGGUCGCCAACACCGUGUCGCUUGUUGACUUCCCAGGCUUUUCCCCUUCUUCUGCCACGGGCUCGGGGCUGGACCAGCUGCUCAACAAUGCCGCCAACGAAUCGCUGUACAACUUCUGCCAGCAGAGCUUCUUCGGCCGUCAGGUGCAAGAUAUGGAAGCUGAGGAUAUCAGCGUUCCGCAGCUUGAGUACUGGGACAACUCUGAAGCCAAAACUGGGCUACUCAAAUCUGGUAACGGGCUUUUGAGCAUUCUCGACGAUCAGACACGUCGUGGCAAGUCCGAUAUGCAGUUCCUGGAAGCCAUUCGCAAGCGCUUUGAUGGGAAGAAUAACUCCAUUCUGCCUGGCAGCUCCACGGUCAUCCAGCCUGGCAGCAACUUCCCUACUCCGAACACAUCGGCAUCUUUCACCAUUCGCCAUUUCGCGGGAGAGGUCGAUUAUUCUGUGGAGGGUCUUAUCGAGGAGAAUGCUGAACUCAUCUCGGGCGACAUGAUGAACCUGCUCAAGUCUGCCCGAACUCCAUUUGUUCAGGAGCUGUUUGGCCAGGAAGCGUUGAAGAAAGUCACACACCCAAAGGAGAAGACAGCCAUUGUGCAGGCAUCAGUCAGCUCCAAGCCGAUGAGGAUGCCCAGCAUGGCUAGGCGCAAGACGGGCAAGAGCGGCAGAUUUGGCCGUCCAGUGAAUGUGUUCGACGAAGACCCCAUUAGCGACGCCGACAGCGCAGUAUCCGGAUCGAAGAAGGGCGACUCGGCGGCAAAGCAAACAGGUGCUGCUGGCCAAUUCGUUAGCUCCCUCAAGACCAUCGAUUCCUCCCUUCGAAAGGCCAACCCUUACUUCGUCUUCUGCUUGAAGCCCAAUGACCGGAGAAUCGCCAAUCAGUUCGACAGCAAAUGUGUACGACAACAGGUUCAAAUUCUUGGUAUCGCCGAGAUCAGCAAGCGGCUGCGUGUCGCAGACUUCAGCAUUUUCCUUCCCUUCGCUGAGUUCCUAGGUUUGGCCGAGACAGAUACAGCUGUCGUCGGAAGCGAAAGGGAACGGGCGGAGAUGGUUCUAGACGGUAGGCCGUGGCGGGAGAAUGAGGUGCGAGUCGGAGCAACCGGCAUAUUCUUGAGCGAGCGAUGCUGGUUCGAGAUUGCAGACGUUGCGGAUAUGCCCUCAAUUGCGCCGCAUUUAGGUGUGUCCACCUCCGAUGAUAAUCUCCUCACUCCCGAUGCCGCCCGAUCAUACGGCGAUAGUAGGGCCGGUCUCCUCUCACCCUCUCCUGGCGGCUACUAUGACAACGACAAAGGUGGUAGCUAUUUCGGCAGCAGAGACAUUGAUGCACGAUCCGAGGCACCAUCUGGCAUAACGAGCGGUGACAUGUUCCACGGACUGGACCAACCAAAGGUCAUCGACGAAAAGGUUCCCGGGAAGGAUAUGCAGGAGGUUGACGUGCUCGAGGUUUCUGGGAGCCGAAAACGAUGGAUCUUUGUGGUCUAUGCACUCACCUGGUUUAUCCCCGACUUCCUCAUCAGAUUGGUAGGAAGGAUAAAGCGCAAGGAUGUGCGUAUGGCGUGGCGCGAGAAGUUGGCCAUCAACAUGCUCAUCUGGCUCAGCUGUGCAUUUGUCAUUUUCCUAAUGAUCGGUUUCCCGGUGCUGAUUUGCCCAACUCAACACGUCUAUUCGACUGCUGAGUUGACGUCCUACAAUGGCAAAGAUGGAAAUGAUGCUUAUGUCGCCAUUCGAGGUGUCGUCUACAACCUAGGCGAUUUCAUACCGCACCACUACCCCUCCAUCAUUCCCCAGAAGAGUCUGCAGAAGUAUGCCGGCCAGGACGCAACCAACCUUUUCCCCGUCCAGGUCUCUGCCCUCUGCAACGGUGUAGACGGCAGAAUCGACGACGGCGUUCAGCUGAAUUACCGGAACUCCAACUACACAAACCAAAAUAAUGUCAUCAGCACGACGGACCUCAAUGCCAAAUUUCAUGACUUCCGCUGGUUCCAGAAUGAUUCCCGGCCCGAUUGGUGGUUCGAGCAACAGGUGUUCCUCAAGGCAAACUACAUGAAGGGCCGCGUCGGAUAUAGCCCCCAGUACCUCAAAACGCUGGCUAACAAAGGCAACGCGAUUGCCUACAUGCACAACAAGGUAUACGAUCUUACGCAGUAUAUCCCUGGGGGUCGCGAGGUCAAGGGAAAAAACGGAAAGCCGGGGAACUCGAACGUCAACACAAACUUCAUGGACCAAUCUGUGGUUGAUAUCUUCAGGGUGCAAGCCGGCUCCGAUGUCAGCAAAUACUGGGAUGGACUGACCCUCGAUUUGAAGAAAAAGAACGACAUGCAGGUCUGCCUGGACAACCUCUUUUACGUUGGCGACCUCGACACCAGGAACUCCGCCAAGUGUCAAUUCGCCAAGUACUUCCUCCUCGCCAUCUCUGUCCUCCUUGUCAGCGUUAUUGGUUUCAAGUUCUUCGCCGCUCUUCAGUUCGGCAGGAAGAGCGUGCCGGAGAACAUUGAUAAGUUCAUCAUCUGCACCGUUCCCGCAUAUACCGAGGACGAAGACUCUCUUCGGCGUGCUAUCGACUCGGCUGCUAGAAUGAAGUACGAUGACAAACGCAAAUUAAUCGUCAUCGUCUGUGACGGUAUGAUCAUCGGUCAAGGCAACGAUAAGCCCACUCCCCGCAUUGUGUUGGAUAUUCUCGGCGUCCCCGAGACCUCCGAUCCUGAUCCGCUCAGCUUCGAGAGUUUGGGAGAAGGCCAAAGACAACACAACAUGGGCAAGUGCUAUUCCGGUCUGUACGAAGUUCAGGGCCACAUUGUUCCAUUCCUAGUUGUGGUCAAGGUCGGCAAGCCUUCGGAGGUCUCGAAGCCUGGCAACCGCGGAAAACGCGAUUCCCAGGUCAUUCUCAUGAGGUUCUUGAACCGCGUCCACUACAACCUCCCAAUGAGCCCGCUCGAACUUGAGAUGCACCACCAGAUUCGUAACAUCAUUGGCGUCAAUCCCACCUUCUACGAGUUCCUCCUGCAGAUCGAUGCCGACACGGUCGUUGCCCCGGAUUCGGCCACUCGAUUCGUUGCUGCAUUCCUUCACGACACUCGCCUGAUCGGUGUAUGCGGAGAGACAUCCCUCACGAAUGCCAAAUCAUCCUUCGUCACCAUGAUGCAGGUGUAUGAAUACUACAUCUCUCACAACUUGACGAAAGCCUUCGAAAGCUUGUUCGGCUCCGUUACCUGUCUUCCUGGCUGCUUCUCCAUGUACCGUAUUCGCGCUGCCGAUACAGGAAAGCCUCUCUUCGUGAGCAAGGAAGUAGUUGAAGCAUACCAAGAGAUCCGCGUCGACACCCUCCACAUGAAGAACUUGUUGCAUCUGGGAGAGGAUCGAUUUCUGACGACUCUGCUCCUCAAGUACCACUCCAAGUACAAGACCAAGUAUCUGAUGCGCGCCCACGCCUGGACUAUUGCUCCGGACAGCUGGAAGGUGUUCAUGUCACAACGACGACGCUGGGUCAACUCAACGGUGCACAACCUCCUCGAACUGAUUCCGCUGCAACAGCUCUGUGGUUUCUGCUGCUUCAGUAUGCGCUUCGUUGUCUUCCUCGACUUGCUCUCCACGGUGGUCCAACCUGUCAUUGUGGUUUAUCUCGGGUAUCUGAUCUACCUUCUAGUCCACAGCAGGGAUUCCGUCCCUAUCACCGCUAUCCUUCUCCUUGCAGCUAUUUAUGGUCUCCAGGCUAUCAUCUUCAUCCUCCGCCGUAAGUGGGAAAUGAUCGGAUGGAUGAUUAUUUAUAUCCUCGCCACUCCGAUCUUCGCCUUUGGUCUUCCACUGUAUGCUUUUUGGCACAUGGACGACUUCUCCUGGGGCAACACUCGUAUCGUUACCGGUGAGAAGGGCCAGAAGGUUGUCGUAUCCGACGAAGGCAAGUUCGAUCCGGCCAGCAUCCCGAAAAAGAAGUGGGAUGAAUACCAGGCCGAAAUGUGGGAGCAGCACACGAUGCGCGACGACCGCUCGGAGAUCUCCGGAUUCUCAUACGCCACCAAGCGCUUCAUGGGGAGUGCGUCCGUGGCUGGUUCGGAAUACGGAGGCAUGCCGCCGUCUCGGCCCAUGUCCCAUCUUGACCUACCUCGUUUUGGCAACGGCUCUCGGAUGAGUCUCGCCCCCAGUGGCUAUGGCGGCUACGACAACAUGGAAAUGGCGAAUCUGAAUCUGCCCAGCGACGACGCAAUCCUGGCCGAGAUUCGGGAUAUUCUCGCCAGCUCAGAUCUCAUGACAAUCACGAAGAAGGCUGUCAAGCAAGAAUUGGAGAGGAGGUUCGGAAUGGAUCUCACGCUGAAGAAGCAGUUCAUCGGCAGCGCUGUCGAGUCGUUGCUCGUCGGCCAGACACAUUAGCCCUCUCCUACACUUCCUGCAUGAUCCCAAGCAUAUCAUCCUUACGAGUAUACGGUUUACAAAAAUCUCUCGCCACUAUCUCUCUCUCGCAUCUACCUUUUUCGCUGGGCUGGGGAAGGUAUCUUUGUCUAUAUAAGUAGUAUCUAAUCACGCCUCGAAAGCAUCGCAUUCCUUUUGGGACCAUGGGGGAAC